UGUGGCAUUUUGAAGCUCUGACAAUCUGCUCCAAAUGUUUUCCAUAUUUGUUCAGCCUCCUUGAUUCAAAUACCAGGAACAACUCAGCCAGCACAAAGCAAAGCUUUGGGGGGCAAAAAACCUCACACCCCCAUCAGUGUGCGCACACACACACGCACGUGAAAACCUAAAGUUCAUCGGCAUGGGAAAGAAGGAGAAGAAACCCCAGCACAGCACGUCCCUGAAGGCACCUGAAGGGGAGAGAGGCACUGACUCGAGCAAGACGCAGGAGUCUGAGAUGAAGAAGAAGAAGCGGAAGAAAACCAAGGGGGAUCCCAAAGCUGGCCAGGAGGAGGAAUCCCAUACUUGUUGUGGCUGCCGUUUCCCACUGCUGUUUGCUUUGUUGCAGCUGGCAUUAGGCGUCUCUGUAACAGUGCUGGGCUUCCUUAUGGCAGGCAUCAGUUCUUCUCUGCUAGUCAGAGACACUCCAUAUUGGGCUGGGAUAAUUGUCUGUGUGGUGUCCUUAGUGGGAUUUGUUAUGCUUUGCAUUUCAUACCAACCUGAUGAGAAGACGUGUGUGCAGUUCACAGUAAAGUUGAUGUAUUUUCUCCUGAGUGCCGUGGGUCUGGUUGCCUGUGUUUUGGCAGUGGCUUUUGCUGCACACCAUUAUUUGCAGAUGACAAAAUUUACCUGCAACACCAUCUUUGAGUCCUGCCAGUGCAAACUGGACACUGAAGACCCCCUUGGUAGAACCUUCAUCUACCAGGAUGCAGCUGACUGUGACAGCCUCACUAGCAUGCUCAACCUGUACUUACUUCUGCAGAUGGCUCUCAACCUGGUCGCAGCCCUGGUGUGUCUAUCGGCAUGCUUCGUGAUGUGGAAGCAUAGAUACCAGGUCUUCUAUGUGGGAGUUCGGUUUUACUCUUUAACUGCUACUGAAGGCCAGAAACAGAAAGUGUAGUUCUGGGCUGGCAGGGGUUAGCCAAGGAAUAGAAAAUGUCAGCAUACUGCCACCAUAGACACCACAGAUGGAUGAGCAUUUACAAGGUUUUUGACAGGGAAAAGCAUUCACACAGUUUAAUGAAUACAUUUUUCAAUCAUUUUAAGAGCAUUUCAUAUGACUGCUCUUGCAAAAGGUCUCUUGUGAGAUGAUGUAGAGGUCACAAAGUCCUAAAAAUGCAGCUGUACAAAUACUCACCAAAGAGGAUCUUUAAUAGCCAUAGACAAAAUGAGAGCUUAAAAAAUCAUUGGGAACUCAUCUGCAGGUCUACAGCUGUUAAGAUAAAGGGUCCAUUUCCAUCCCUGGUAUCUGUCCUUGCCUUCAGAGAAGCUAUACCAAUUUUUAUGAGACAAGGAUCUGGUCCAAAGUUCUUAAUUAUAAUUAUGCUGAUCAUGCCUAGGGAAUAUAUUGUCUCUUGGAUGCUCUGGGCAUAACCCACACUAACUUAAUGAGGGCUUAACAUAUGGAAAAUUAAUAAGGGAGGUCAAGAUUCUUCAAAUGAAGGUUGAGACCAACAGCAAAGUGAAUAUAAACAACUGCCAUAUAAAAUAUAUGUAAGACUUUUCAGAGUGACUAAUGAUACAGGUUACCAAUUACUAGUAAACAACAGUAUGAGUGGGUUCACUAAUGGGAAUUUGGGGAUAUUUUUGAUCCCCAGACAGAUUCCUCCCCACUUUCAGAGAAAAGAUCAAUUAAGAAACCUUGAGUUGCACUCCCAAAGUGGAGGACCCUAAAUCACUAGUCACGUUGAAAACUAUGUUGACAUUGCUCUAAUUGCAAUCCCAGGUCCCAAACCCGGUGUCUAACCAGUUCCACCAAUUAUACUCCAAGCACAAAAGGCCAAAUGCAUUUUUGGUGUAACUCCUCUGAAGACAAUCAGCCUUAUGAACCAGCAGUGGAGUUGGGCCAAAAGCCCUGAAAGAUAUAUCCCUGCAACAAUGAAUGUUUUUAAAAUGGGGUGGAGGGAGGGAAGCAAGAAGAGACUGCCAGUCUCCCAAAGACAUCAUUUAUAAUGAUGAAGGCAAAAGAAUAGCUUUCUUAAUAUGCAGUAUAGAAUAACAAACCACAUUCAAGCAGUGCUUUUUCACUGUGAAAGUGUGGCUCUAGAAGUGCUUUAUGACUUACUAGCCUUAUACCAUGACAAGUAUGUUGGUUUGUCCCUUGAACUUACAUUUCUACUAGCACAGCAUGGACUUCCAAAUGUAGGAGCAAUUCCAAACUGGCAGCAUUUUGCACUGCCUGCUGAUAGAUAUCUGUGCAAGGGCAAGCCAGCUGGUGCUCACACCCUGCCAUAAAUAGGGAUUUCCCUAUCCUGGCCAGGACAUGGGUGUCUCUGAGGUGGGGUGGAGCAAUCACAUGCCUGAAAAACUGUGCCAUAAUCAUUAGCAAGGAGGAAGCAAAUAAAAUUUCAAGAAGGCUUCAAAGAAGCAAAGCCUUUCUGUUUCUGCAGCAAAAAUAGCCACCAGGAAGUCAAAACCCCAGUCUGGCAAACAGCUAGUUGUCUAAGUAGUUCUAAUAUUACCCGAAAACUCUUCCUUAUGGUGAUCAUACAUCAUCCCAGGGCUAGACCAGUAUACCUGCAGCAUCAGAAAAUCACAGUGUAGUUAGGUCUCCUACGGUCCACCUGCAGCACUGCUCUGGGUAUGUACUCAAGUGUUUCUCAUGGAAUGUGUUUCUAGAGUAGACAUAGUGUCACCAGGGUGCUCUUUGCCAAGCUGCAAAGAGAGGAGCUUCAGAAAAUGAAGGAUUUUGAGACCAGCUUCCAAAUGGUCUUUUUUUUUAUGCACCCAAAAAUAGCAGUCACUAGUAAGCUUGACUGUGGGGCAAUUUGCUUGCGUACAUGUCACCACACACCCGACGUCCUAAGCCUGGCUCUCAGGCAUGCUUGGAGGAAGCUGAGAUAGCAGUGGAAGGUACAGGAAGGCUGGCGAUGUAAGACCCUGCUGUCAGCAUUGGAGGGGCCAUCUGUGUGGUGCCAGGAACCAGUCUGUCUCCUCAAACCCAUUGGAGCGUGCUUGCAAGCAGCACUUGUGGACCUGUACCACAGCCAGCCUUCUAUAUGAGAUGGAUGCACAGGCGUGCCUCUUCACCUGCUACUUGUACUCAGAUGCUGGUUUGUCCCCCCAUUCCUCACAUGACUCCAGCUGUGAUCUCUGUGGAAGUGCACGGCAGAGGACAGAACUUCCUUCUACCUACAGGACCCUUGCUGUCCCUGCUUUUCCCUCCAGUCAAAAACGUGGUCUCUCCUCUCUGCAAAGAAGAUAACAAGAAGCAGGAAAGGAAUUGAGGGGAGGCUGAAUGACAGCUGAGCUUUGGCGCUUCCUCCCACCCUUGCCACCAGGCGCUGCCCCCUAACGGCUGGUGAAGCGAGAGGAAGGCUCUGCUGGCAGAGCAGGGCAUGUUUUCCACCCUGCCCUUUCCCAGAUAUCCCUGUUCAGAAGGUAACUUGGUGUGCAGGGCUCUAGGCUGUGGUGUCUGCAGGCUGGCAGCAGCAAGCUGUUGUGAGAAACAGCUGUCCUGGCUGGCCCUGGCUGAGUGGCAUUUCCACCAGAGCAGGCUUUUGUCUCCUUAAUCCUUUUACCUCCAUUUCACCCACGUUUUCACUCCCUGUCUCCCAACACCUCCAAGGUGCUGGGCUUCCAGAGGCCAGCUCUGUUAGAUGGGGCUGGGCUUGCAUUGCCUGGACUCUGCCUUACCCACUCCCGGGAUUAAACUUGCUGGGACUCCUCUAAAGCGUGAAAGACAUGGUGGUAAUGAUCUCAGAGUCCUGAAAAUGCCUCCAGUGAAGCAACAGGGAAAAGAUGGGAGAUCUGGAUGAGAGACCCUGCUCCACUGAACAAGAUGCGCACCUUCACAGAAGUGCACCCUCCAAUUCCGGGGGCCGCCGUUGCUGACUUCGGUUCACUGAUCAGCGUGCUGAAGCUUAAACCUUUGCUCUGGAAGUAAACAAUAUUCAUCAUGUAUUCUGGUGGUGCUUUGCUGCUUAAUGAAUAAAUAUGGAGCAUUUUGAUCUAGCAAA